AUGAGACGUACCGAUGUUAAAGCUGAGUCCGCAAAUAAGAAGGCUUGUGCAAAUCUUAGAUUUGUUCACAAUCGUCCCAAACCUGACGUUCUGCAUAGCAUACUGUGUUCUAAGGCCAAUACUCGAUACAAUGCAAGGCGUUUAUGGUAUGAACUUAAUAUGCCCGAGUGUACCAGUGACAUAUUGGAUGGUAAAAUGUUGUCAUCAUCACUACCGCCUGGCUUAUUUCACCAUCCUAAGCCUAUGCGUACACUAGCUAGACGACAAAAGAGGAAACAGAAACCUAUUUCGUAUAUGCAAAUGCGUUUAGAAAGGGAAAAUUUUCGCAAGAAAUUGGUAGAAUUAAUUGCGCGUCCCAACACUGCAGACAUGAAACCGAGUGUCACGGAUUUAGACGCUGAAUUUCCCAACACCGAAGAGAAAGAGAUUUUGCGUUAUUAUUAUUACAUUAAACAUGGUAUCGAUACCAUCCAUGUAGCACCCAUGAGCCAAAAAGUGUUGACUAGGAUAACCAAUCAAAUACCGCCUUAUUUAAAUAAAUGGGCUGUAGCUUUGCAAGAGACUAUCGAAGAAAUCAAAUCUGAUUAUUUGUUCGCAAUGAAAAAAGCUGUAGUCGAUUUUGUCUUACAAAAUUCCUUAAGCAGCGCGAAAAAAAAAUCGAAAAUUAAAAUAACUAAAGAACGUAAAGAAGCGAAAGCAAUGUACAAUAAAUGGCGCUAUCGUUAUGAUGAGAAUCGCUGUCGUUUGAAAACCUUUCUAUUCUGCAUACAUCGCAGUGUGGCUAAUAUUUUGGAACUAUGGAAUUCCCAAUAUAAAGACAAAACCUUCUUGGAUAUCGAAGCUUUGAAAAGUGCUGAAAGACCUUAUGAUUUAUAUGAAUUUUCGAAUUGCGUCGGUCAUCAGGCGAGCACUAUGAAGGAGAAAUUGGCUACGGCUUGGCAAGGCGAAAUUCAUUCGAUUUUGUUAAACGCCAGUAGGCGAAAAAUGAUACCGGACGUGCGGCGUAAAAAGUUGAUAAAAUGUUUUUUUAAUUGUGUUGCCGCUUUAAUGACACAGCAGUUAGAAGACAUGUGUAUACGCAGCAUUAAUGCUUUUGUUAAUUUAAUAUGCAAUUACGGGAAAACUUUUCCGGGUUUUGUUUUAUCGGUUAUGCUAGAGGAUGAAGAUGUCAUACGGUUUAAUCCCAGUUUUGAGAAAUUUCAAGCAGAACUUUUGCGUUUACUCGAAAACAUAGUAUUAGGUGUGCAGAAUAUGAAUCGCAUCGAAACCAUGCUUUACACAGAUUUGCGCAUCGCAACGAAGUUAUCCUUAACUCCAGCUAUACCCGAAUCAAUUAUAACCGAUAAACGUAAUCGGAUUUGUGAAUUGCUUGAAGAGCAACGUAUUGGUCCCGAAUUACGCUUGCAAGACUUUGAUAAAUAUAUUAAUUUGAUGAACGGAGUCGACUCACAGAAUGUACAAAACUUUAUAGAAUCUGGGCCAAGCUUUGACCAAUAUUGCGAAAUGGUUUUUUAUUACCGUGAAAAAGGCGAACAAAUUUCCAGAGACAUUUUUGGCGCGAUACGAAUGGGUUUGUUCGACUUUCAUCGUGAGGGAUUCAUAUCAAACCUCGAGGAACUUGCUAGUUAUAUGCAAACACAAUUAUUGAAUCGAAUGAUUACGGAUCAACAAGAGGAGAUUGUCAGCUUAGGUAAGGAAUAUGAAACUAUAGGUAAAAAAGCAUUAACUAUACCUAAAGACACGGCCGAACUGAUGAGUCUUAAGAGUUAUGUAAUCAACGCCGAAGAGAAUCUCGUGCCAGAGAUGGAACAACGGCUACGCGUGAAUAUGUCUCAUAUUUUAUGGCUUAUGGAUAACAUACUUUUCUCCCCGCUUCAAAUAAAAGCCAACAGCACGACCAUUCAAUGGUAUCUGAAAAUGGCUUCUAUUUUUGAAGAGCAUCGUAUUAUAAUAGCCGAUAAGGUUAUUGAUUAUCAGGAAUCGUUAAAAAAACGCAUCGAAGCUUUUAGACGUGAACUGCAAACAUACUUUGAACAGGUACAAACCUAUCCAGAAUGGGGUGAUAUCAAACAAUUGGCCAAGUAUAAACGUAAAGCUAAUAUUUUGGAUGCUCGCUUGGUGCAAGCCAUGGACACUGUCGAUCAUAUUAAUGAAGAAGAAACCGCCUAUGGUUGGGAUUUAACGCAAUAUCCUACACGUAAAAAAACUCACGAUCUACUGAAACCGUACAAAACAUUAUACGAUGCUGGGCAAGAGUUCUUCGAUAAGAGUGAAUUAUGGAUGAAUUCACAGAUAGGCUCAUAUGAACCGGAUGUAAUAGCUGAAGACGUUUCAAGCAUAUAUCGUAUUAUACAAAAGCUGGAAAAACAAUUAAGCGAUCGUCCACAUACCUCGGAAUUAAUAAGAGACAUCAAAGAAAAUAUUGAAAGAUUUCGGGAAAAUAUGCCAAUUAUUAGUACAUUGGGCAAUCCGGGUAUGAAAGCUAGACAUUGGGAACAGGUUUCCGAGAUUGUUGGCUUCCCCAUCAAAGUCACGCCAGAAUUAACAUUAGCGCGCAUUAUUGACUAUCAAUUAGAAGAAUAUGUGCCCAAAUUUGAAUUCAUUUCGGAGAGUGCUACCAAGGAGAAUAACCUGGAAAGAGCCUUAAUUCGAAUGGCCUCUGAAUGGGAAGAUGUUUCAUUUUCUAUAAGCCCGUAUCGAGACUCAGGUACUUACAAGCUGUCGGCAGUGGAUGAUAUACAAAUUCUUUUGGAUGAUCAAAUCAUUAAGACUUUGACCAUGAAAAGUUCCCCUUAUAUAAAACCAUUCGAAAGCGAAAUACUAAAAUGGGAAGCAAAACUAAUGCUUUUACAAGAUAUCCUCGACGAUUGGAUUAAAGUGCAAGCUACUUGGAUGUAUUUAGAACCUAUAUUUUCCAGUCCGGAUAUUCAGCAACAAAUGCCAGAAGAAGGCAGGCGUUUUAGCGCUGUGGAUAAGACCUGGAAAGAACUCAUGAAGCAAGUGAACGCAGAUCCCGCUGUUAUGUCGGUGGUGGAAAUUGACAAAAUGAGUGAAAGAUUGAAAAAAUCCUUUAAUCUUUUAGAGAUAAUUCAGAAAGGCCUGAAUGCAUAUCUUGAGAAGAAACGUUUAUACUUUCCACGAUUCUUCUUCCUAUCGAAUGAUGAGUUACUCGAGAUCUUGUCGGAAACUAAGGAUCCGACGCGCGUACAACCUCAUCUUAAAAAAUGCUUUGAGGGCAUCGCCACGCUUUAUUUCACAGAAGAAUUGGAUGUUACUGUAAUGCGUUCAUCGGAACGUGAAGAAGUGCAGCUAGUUGAAGCGAUAUCCACUGCAAAGGCCCGUGGUCAAGUAGAGAAAUGGUUAUUGGAAUUAGAGAUAAACAUGAAGAAGAGCAUACAUAUGAAAAUGAGUGAGGCCUUCUAUAGCUAUCCACAAAGUGUACGCCAUAAAUGGGUAUUGGUCUGGCCCGGUCAAUGUGUGCAAUCGAUUUCCUUGACAUAUUGGACUCUGUCAAUAACGGAAUGUUUUCUAACGGAUGAUCCUGCAGCGAAUUUGGAAAAAUAUUUGCAAAAGAAUAAAGAACAGAUAGCGCGCAUUGUGGAUUUAGUUAGAGGCGACUUGAGUACCCAAAAUCGUAUAACUUUAGGAGCCUUAGUUGUCUUGGAUGUGCACGCUCGUGAUGUCUUAGCAGAAAUUGUAGAAAACAAAGUCACCGAUCUUAAUGACUUUCAGUGGUUAUGUCAGCUGCGAUAUUAUUGGGAGGAUAAUAAUUUGGAUACGCGUAUGAUUAAUUGUGGCUUGAAAUACGGUUAUGAAUACUUGGGUAAUACAACGCGUCUGGUGGUAACCCCUUUAACCGAUCGUUGUUAUCGCACCUUGUUUAGUGCUUUGAAUUUGCACUUGGGUGGAGCACCUGAGGGUCCCGCCGGUACUGGUAAAACCGAAACCACCAAAGAUUUGGCGAAAGCCGUAGCAAAGCAAUGUGUUGUGUUCAAUUGCUCUGAUGGUUUGGAUUAUUUGGCCUUAGGAAAAUUCUUUAAAGGUUUAGCUUCGUGUGGUGCAUGGUCAUGCUUUGACGAAUUUAAUCGCAUCGAUUUGGAAGUCUUGUCUGUGGUAGCUCAGCAGAUAUUAACGAUACAACGCGGUAUUAAUUCUGGCAGUUCGACAUUGGUCUUUGAAGGUACGACCCUAACUUUGGAUCCGACAUGUGCAUGCUUUAUUACUAUGAACCCGGGCUAUGCUGGUCGUUCGGAAUUGCCUGAUAACCUAAAAGCUCUCUUCCGUUCGGUGGCUAUGAUGGUGCCCGAUUACGCUCUUAUAUCUGAAAUUGAACUUUAUUCAUACGGAUUUUUAAGUGCUAAGCCCCUUUCUAUUAAAAUUGUGGCUACUUAUCGUUUGUGUUCUGAACAACUGAGUAGCCAAAGCCACUACGAUUACGGCAUGCGCGCUGUGAAAUCUGUUCUGAAAGCAGCUGGUGCUCUUAAAUUGCGUUAUCGUGAUGAAAAUGAAGAUAUUUUAGUACUGCGUUCCAUUAAGGACGUAAACUUGCCUAAAUUUCUCAAUCAGGAUGUGCCACUAUUUCAAGGCAUUACUUCGGAUUUGUUUCCGGGCACUAUUUUACCCGAACCAGACUACGUACUUUUCAAUGAAUGCUGUUAUAAAAUUUGUGAGAAGAAUAAUACACAAUGCACAGACUUUUUUUUGGAAAAAGUUCAGCAGCUUUACGAAAUGAUUGUGGUACGUCAUGGUUUAAUGCUGGUAGGUUUACCGUUUGGAGGCAAAACUACUGCAUACCGCAUAUUGGCAGAUACUUUGGAAUGUAUAGAGAAGAAAGGUGGUGCGGAAAAUCGUGCUAUUUAUAGCGUUAUGAAUCCUAAAGCAAUUACCAUGGGACAGUUGUACGGUCAGUUCGACUUGGUCUCUCACGAAUGGAGCGACGGCGUUUUAGCUGUUCUCUACAGACAAUUUGCAGUAUCUGAUACACCCGAACGUAAAUGGCUGUUAUUUGAUGGUCCUGUCGAUGCGAUUUGGAUUGAAAAUAUGAACACAGUACUCGAUGACAACAAAAAAUUGUGUUUGAUGUCGGGUGAGAUUAUACAACUUUCUCCCACAACCAAUCUAAUAUUUGAGCCAAUGGAUUUAGAAGUGGCCUCACCUGCUACAGUGUCACGUUGCGGAAUGAUUUAUUUAGAGCCUGGUUCAUUAGGAUGGGACCCUUUGUUUACGUCCUGGAAGAACAAAUUGCCUAGUUCGUUUCAUGCUGUCGCCAAACAGUUACUUACCUACUUAAUGCACAGGUUUUGCCCUUUGCUUUUAUUCGUGGUACGAAAAUGUUCGUUGGUAGAAAUUGCUCCGACCUCCGAUAGUAAUCUGGUGGCUUCCUUAAUGAAUAUCUUUGAUUGUUUCUUGGACGAUUUCAGAGAUGAGAAAUUUGUGCAAAACCUUUUAGAUAUUGAUAUGAGAGCGCAAAUUGAAGGAGUAUUUCUAUUUUCGUGUAUUUGGGCUUUGGGCGGUUCUUUAGAUUCCGCUAGUCGGGAUAAGUUUAAUAUCGUGUUUCGCGGUUUAAUGGAAAAGAAUUUUCCCGAAUCUCUGUACGAAACGUUUGGCAUACCGGACCAUCUGCAAGCACAACCGUUAUCGAAGCCUUUCAUUUUUCCCAUGCCUAAACAAGGUUCAGUGUUUGAUUAUCGUUUCAUUAAAGAAGGUAAAGGUAAGUGGCGACCCUGGCAAGACGAUGUUGCAGCUGCACCACCAAUUCCACGCGAUAUACCCGUUAAUCAGAUAAUAAUUACAACAAAUGAAAAUGUUCGAUGCACUGCAUUGCUGGAUCUAUUGGUGCGACACGGAAAACCGGUCAUGUUUGUCGGUCCCACUGGUACUGGCAAAAGCUGUUAUAUCAUUGAUUAUAUGUUAAAGAAAAUGGAUUUGAGUGUUUAUAAGCCUUUACUAAUUAGUUUUUCGGCCCAAACAUCCGCAAAUCAAACUCAAGACAUAAUCAUGUCAAAAUUAGAUAAACGUCGUAAGGGGGUUUUCGGUCCUCCACUCAAUAAAAAGUUCGUGAUCUUUGUGGAUGACGUUUCGAUGCCUUUGAAAGAGACUUACGGGGCUCAACCACCUAUAGAACUCUUGCGAAUGAUGAUGGAUCAUUGGAUGUGGUACGAUCUAAAAAAUAUAAUACCUAUGAAAUUGAUCGACUUGCAAAUGAUUUGUGCUAUGGGUCCUCCCUCGACUGGCAAUACGGUUACGCCGCGUUUCCAAAGACAUUUCAAUGUACUGGCGAUUGAUGAGUUCAACGACGAUAUCUUACGUGGGAUAUUUAGCAAAAUCGUUCUUUGGCAUUUAGAUACAAGAGGAUUUUCCAAGGCAUUCGAUCCCUGCAUUGAGGAGAUCGUUGAUGCUACUUUACAUAUUUAUAAUACGGCCAAGAAAAAUCUGCUCCCAACACCGGCCAAGUCUCAUUAUCUCUUUAAUCUGCGCGACUUUUCGCGUGUCAUUCAAGGUGUCCUCCUUUCGGUACCUGAGGCCAUGGAGGAUAUAAAUUCCAUGCGACGUUUGUGGGUUCAUGAAGUAUUUCGUGUUUACGGUGAUCGUUUGGUUGAAGAUUCAGAUCGAACUUGGCUUUUCACUGCCGUAUGCGAUCAAGUUCGGCUGAGUUUCGAUGUCUCAGCAGAAGUAUUGUUUGCACGUCUCGUUAGCAAAGGUCAUCCGGUCACCGAAGCAGAUUUCCGUCGACUUAUUUACUGUGACUUUGCAAAUCCGAAAGCGGAUAGCAAACAAUACAUAGAGGUAAUUGAUUUGGAAGAGUUACGUUCGGUGGUGGAAUCAUUUUUAGUUGAGUAUAAUAAUAUGUCGAAGAAACCUAUGAAUUUGGUACUCUUCCGCUUUGCCGUGGAACAUUUAUCGAGAAUAUGUCGCAUAUUAAAGCAGCCACGCAGUCAUGCUCUGCUAAUUGGGGUCGGUGGCUCCGGACGUCAGAGCUUGACCCGUUUGGCUUCGCAUAUAUGUGACUAUGAACUCUUUCAAGUAGAGAUCACUCGAUCAUAUGGGCCAUAUGAAUGGCAUGAAGAUCUUAAAGUUAUCUUACGCAAAAUAAGUUCUUCAGAAUUGCACGGUGUUUUCCUAUUUACCGAUGUUCAGAUUAAAGACGAAUCAUUUUUAGAGGAUAUAAAUAAUCUUUUAAAUUCCGGUGAAGUACCGAAUCUCUUUAGCAAUGAAGAGAAAAUGGAAGUUGUGGAAAAAAUGGCUCAAAUCGAUAAACAGCGAGAUAAGGCCGUACAAACAGACGGAAGUCCAGUCGCUUUGUUUAACUUCUUUGUUACUACUUGCAAAGAUCAAUUGCAUAUUGUUCUCGCUAUGUCUCCAAUUGGUGACUCGCUACGUAUGCGUAUACGUAAAUUUCCUUCCGUAGUCAAUUGUUGUACCAUCGACUGGUUUCAGGCUUGGCCUGAAGAUGCUUUGUUAGCAGUGAGUACUAGGUUUCUAGAGAAAGAAGAACUCACAGCUGUAGAAAGAAAGGCUUCCAUAGACAUGUGCAUGGAGUUUCACACUUCCACACAGGAGUUAGCUGAAAUAUUCUACUUACGGUUGAAGCGACGUAAUUAUGUGACACCUACAUCCUAUUUGGAACUUAUACAAACUUUUAAGGAGUUACUGAAUAGGAAAAGAAAUACUAUUAUGACGAAUAAGAAUCGGUACUUGACUGGAAUCUCCCAAUUAGAUAUCGCUGCACAACAAGUCAGUGUUAUGCAAGAACAAUUGACGGCACUGGAGCCAAAGUUGAAAGAGGCUGCAGAAAUUGUGGCGGUUCAAGUAGCCAAAGUUACCGAGGAUAGUAAAGCAGCUGCGGAACAACGGGAAUUGGUUAAACAAGAUGAAGCGGCUGCCAAAGAACAAGCGGCUGUGGCUAUGGGCAUCAAAGAGGAAUGCGAUGCAAAACUAGGUGAGGCUCUACCCAUUCUUAAUGCGGCUUUAGCUGCUUUGAAUACUUUAACUGCCGCCGAUAUUGCGGUAGUGAAGACGAUGAAAAGCCCACCGAUCGGGGUGCGUAUUGUCAUGGAAGCCGUUUGCAUUUUAAAGGAUCUUAAGCCAGAAAAAGUACCGAACCCAAGUGGUGUGGGAACCAUUGAAGAUUAUUGGGGACCAUCAAAACGUGUUUUGAGCGAUAUUAAGUUUUUAGACGGGUUAUUGAAUUUCGAUAAGGACAACAUACCAGUAGCAGUUAUGGAAAAACUUCAUAAACGCAUCUUAAACAAUGAAAAUUUUGACCCGGAUAAAGUGAAAUUAGCUUCGACAGCCUGUGAAGGGUUAUGCCGUUGGGUUCUGGCUUUGACUAAAUACGAUGUGGUUGCCAAAGUUGUAGCACCCAAAAAAAUAGCCUUAGCUAAAGCAGAGGCAACAUACCAAACAGCACAGAAACUUCUUGAUGAGAAACUUGCACAAUUGGCGCGGGUUGAAGCAAAUUUGGCCGCCAUUCAGAGGAUUUUGGACCAACAACUCAGAGAAUAUGGAACACUGCAAGCUGAACACGAAGCCUGUACAAAAAAAUUACAGCGAGCUCAAGAGCUAAUUUCGGGAUUGGGUGGUGAACGCACUCGUUGGUCUGAAACAGCCCGCCAAUUGGGACGUGUUUAUAACACGUUAACAGGUGACGUUCUUAUCGCAUCUGGGGUAGUGUCCUAUCUUGGACCGUUCACGAUUGACUUUCGUGUUGAUCAAAUACGCAAGUGGGCUGAAAAAUGUGCUUCGUUCGGUGUCGUAUGCAGUCAAGAUUUUCAAUUGGUCACUGUAUUGGGCGAAGCAGUAGAAAUACGCAAUUGGAACAUUUGCGGCUUGCCAACGGAUGCUUUCUCAGUGGAAAGUGCUAUUAUGAUGAAAAAUGCUCGCCGUUGGCCUUUGAUGAUAGAUCCCCAAGGUCAAGCUAACAAAUGGAUAAAGAAUUUGGAAAAAGCGAAUCGCCUCUGUGUUAUACGUCUUAAUCAACCCGAUUAUACGCGCGUUAUGGAAAAUGCUAUUCAAUUCGGUUUACCAGUUUUACUAGAAAAUAUUGGUGAGGAAUUAGAUCCUAUUCUGGAAUCAGUAUUAUUGAAGCAGCUGUUUAAGCAAGGAGGCGCUCUUUGUAUAAAAUUAGGCGACACGGUGAUUGAGUACAAUCACAACUUUAGAUUUUAUAUGACUACCAAGUUGCGUAAUCCUCACUAUUUGCCCGAGGUAGCUGUCAAGGUGACCUUACUUAAUUUUAUGAUCACAACUCAAGGUUUGCAAGAUCAAUUGCUGGGCAUAACAGUAGCCAGGGAACGACCAGAUUUAGAAGCGGAAAAGAAUAAUUUGAUUGUGCAAGGUGCUGAAAACAAGCGUAUGCUAAAAGAGACGGAAGACAAAAUUCUUGAAGUAUUAUCAUCGGCUGCCAAUAUUUUGGAAGACGAGACCGCUGUGCAGAUACUAAGUUCCUCAAAAGUCUUGGCUAAUGAGAUCAGUGAGAAGCAAAUUAUUACCGAAGCCACAGAAAAGCAAAUCGAUAUUGCCCGCUUGAGUUACGUACCCAUAGCCGAACACUCUACGAUUCUCUUCUUCACUAUAGUUGAUUUGGCCAAUAUUGACCCUAUGUAUCAAUACAGUUUAGCUUGGUUUGUGGCUUUGUUUAUAUCAUCCAUUGAUAAUACGGACAAAGUAGAUGAUAUUGCAGAACGUUUAUCUGAUUUGCGAACACAUUUCACUUACAGUCUCUAUGUCAAUAUAUGUCGCAGUUUAUUUGAACGGGAUAAGCUUUUGUUUUCGUUGAUCUUGAAUAUUAAUCUGAUGAAAUCUGAAAAUCGUAUUGAAAACGCGGAAUGGCUAUUCCUUUUAACGGGUGGUGUCGGUUUAGAUAAUCCCCAUAAAAAUCCGGCUAAGUGGUUGGGUGUGCAGAGUUGGAAUGAAAUAUGUCGAUUAUCAGAAUUGCCAAAUUUUAAAGGACUCCGCGAACAUAUAGAACAAAAUUUAGCACUUUGGAAAGCUUUUUUUGACUCGCCUACCCCACAAGAUAAUCACAGCAUACCAGAGCCAUGGUCGGCUAAGCUUUCCAUGUUUCAAAUGCUGCUAAUAUUACGGGUGUUGAGGCCAGAUAAAUUGGUACCAGGUGUAUUGGCAUUUGUUUCAAAUGAAAUGGGCCAAAAAUAUGUGGAUCCCCCGCAAUUUGAUUUAAGCGCUUCGUUUGCUGAUUCUCACUGUUGCAUACCACUGAUAUUUAUUUUAACACCGGGCUCUGAUCCAACGGCGACGCUCUUGAAAUUCGCAGAUGAGCAAGGCUUUGGUUCGAAUCGUUUAUUUUCAUUGUCUUUAGGCCAAGGCCAAGGUCCAAUAGCCGUUAAAAUGAUAGACGAUGGUGUCAGGCUUGGCAAUUGGGUCGUAUUGCAAAAUUGCCAUUUAGCUAAGAGUUUUAUGCCAAAUCUGGAAAAAAUUUGCGAGGGUAUGGUACCUGAUUCUACACAUCCAGAUUUUCGUUUGUGGUUAACAUCAUAUCCAGCUGAACAUUUCCCUGUAGUAGUAUUGCAAAAUGGCAUUAAAAUGACCAAUGAACCACCCAAAGGUUUACGGUCUAAUGUUGUUCGCUCUAUGUUAAGCGAUCCAAUAUCUGACCCAGAAUGGUACGAAUCAUGUAAACAAAACCAAACUUUCAAGCAGUUGAUCUACUCGCUAUGUUUCUUUCACGCCGUCAUACAAGAGAGACGUUACUUUGGUCCUAUUGGUUGGAAUAUUCCAUAUGAAUUCAACGAGACUGACUUGAGAAUAAGUCUUAUGCAACUGAAAAUGUUUUUGGAUCAGUAUGAAGGAGUUAAUUAUGAUGCUUUGCGUUAUCUAACGGGCGAAUGUAAUUAUGGUGGUCGUGUUACCGAUGAUUGGGAUCGUCGGACACUCAAGACAAUUUUAAAUCGUUAUUAUUGUCCAGAGGUAUUAGAUCUCGAGAAUCCAUUUUAUUUCGACGAAAAGAAAAUCUAUUAUAUACCAGCACUUAAAGAAGUGGACAAUUAUCUAUCGUACACAAAAGAUUUACCGCUUGAAACGGAACCAGCCAUAUUUGGAUUUCAUGCUAAUGCCGAUAUCAUGAAGGAUCAAAAGGAAACUGAUAUGCUCCUAAGUCACACUUUAUUAACACAGGAUCGUCUGGACCUCCAAGAGAAACGCCUUCUGCAAAAAUCACAGCGUUACUAUAGAGAAAUUUUGUCAAAAAAAUUUCCUGAGAACCUUUUCCUUCCCCAUUGUCCCAAAUGUCCUGAAUUUGUUUCCCUUUUCUACCUUCACAAGGAUACUUCAGGUUCAGGUGACGACUCGGGUGGAGGUGCACAAUUAACGCCUGAAGAAGUAGUUAUUAAUGUUGCAAGUGACGUAUUGUCCCGUUUACCGAAAGACUUUGACCGGGAAGCUGCUCUGGCCCGCUACCCAACCAGCUAUCAUCAAAGUAUGAACACCGUUCUAGUCCAAGAGAUGACUCGCUUUAAUGUUCUCUUAAAUACAAUACGUACUAGUUUGAUAACUGUACGUAAAGCUAUUAAGGGACUCGUGGUUAUGUCAGCGGCCUUCGAAGCAGUCUAUAAAUCCAUUUUAAUCGGCAAGAUACCUGGCAUGUGGGCUUCGAAAUCUUAUCCAAGUUUAAAGCCUCUGGGCGCUUAUGUUACUGAUUUCUUACGACGCUUGGAUUUCCUGCAGAAAUGGUAUGAGGAAGGGCCUCCGAGUACUUUCUGGUUAUCCGGCUUCUUUUUCACCCAAGCUUUCUUGACGGGCGCUCAGCAGAAUUUUGCUCGCAAAUACGUGAUACCUAUCGAUCUAUUGAUAUUUGAUUAUGAUGUUUUACAUAUGGAGGAAGAUCAAACUGGCGGAGUGCCGGCCCCUGAUGAUGGUGUUUUCGUCUACGGUAUAUUCUUGGAAGGGGCCCGUUGGGAUCGUGCUGAAAAUUGUUUAGCUGAAUCAUUUCCGCGCGAACUAUUUGAUCGUAUGCCGGUCAUAUGGAUGAAACCAUGCAAGCGUAGUGAUCUGAAGCAAAGACAUAUUUACACUUGCCCACUGUAUAAAACAGCAGAGCGUAGAGGUGUAUUAUCCACCACGGGACAUAGUACUAAUUUUGUUGUGGCAAUGCUUUUAGAAUGCAGUCCCAGACAUCAAAUAUCACAUUGGAUUAUUCGCGGUACAGCUUUGCUUUGUCAACUGAGUUUCUAAAUGCUAGUUUAUUUAAGUAAAUCCAUUUAUUUUGAUAAAUACACACUUAACUUUAGAAAGUGGUUUGAUUUAAUGAAAUCCGCUUCAAAAGUAGUUGAAAAACACUUGGAAAAAGAGAAUUUGCCUAAUCCUUAUCAAAAGUAAUGUUCUCUCUCAAUAUUUAUU